AUUCAACAAAAUGGAGUCUCCUGUAAGUCAAUAAACACAUUACACAAACAUAUUACCCAUUAUUAUUCAAACUGAAAUACGGAGAAGGGGACGUAUCAGUGCAAAAAUCUUUAAAAGAGACGCUGAAGAUAACAGCAUGUCAGAUUCCACGAAGAUUGAGGUUCCAUCAAAGAAAAGAAGAGCAUUAAAGAGAGUUAUGAAAAAAGACAAAGCAAAGACUUUCAAACAGAAAAGAAACUUGAAUACAUCACUGUCUUCACUGUCUAAAAGUUUUAAUAGAAGUGUAACCAGUCGAGUUAUCAAACAAACACUGCAGUCAAACAACAGACAGUUAGCCAUGACUCUAGAGAAAACCAGAAAGGAUCUUAGAAUGGCCAGUAAUGUUAUAAUGGACCAAAAAAGGGAGAUAAUUGGUCUACAGACACAAGUUACUACUUACAAACACCUAGCUGGACUUAAACCAGAUGAAAUAGAGCAUGAAGUUCAAAUAAGGAUGGAGAAAUAUAUAUCUGAGUUAAAGAACCAUCUUGGUAAGAUGGGACAGCAGUUGUUUGAUGCUACUGCAAGUCUUGGAGAAGCUAUGGACUUGUGUAUGAACGUAUCUCGGAGGUCAACAGGGUCAUGUAGAUCUUCAUCAAUGUGUUUGAUCUCUGAUGAUGAUGGAGACUUUCAUCAUGGACAAAUUGUUAGGGCACCAUUACAUCAAACUAAGAUAUUAAUGACUGACUCACCUACACGAUCACUGCCACAGAGAGUGGCACGACUAGACAUGAGUAUCAUUACAGAACAGUCUAUGCUGAUUGAUGAUGUCUUACAGCCUGAUGAAAUGAUGGAAUUACCUGUAGAGGAAGGUAUAGAGGAAGAAGUUUUAGAGGAAGAAAAGCAAAACACAAUUGAAACAGUAGAUAAUGAGGAUAUACAUGCUAAAACAAGAAGUAAAAAGAGAAAGCAGAAAAAGACUGAGAAAGAGAGCCAGCAGUUGGAGGAGGUUAAUUUAUCAGAGAAUAUAGAUACUCAGAAAAAAGGAAUAAAUAACAUAGAACUGGACGAUAAACAAACAAACAUAGAAAUUACUGAUCAGCAAACCCACGAUAAAAGUUCAGAACAUGAAGGGAAAAAGAAAAAGCAAAAUAUAUCUGGAAAUCCAAUGGAGUCAACUAAUACAUUAGAGAAAGUGAAAGAUGAUCAAUUUAAAAAGGUUUCAAAAAAGAAAGAAAAAAACACAGCAAAGAAUAAUGAACAACCAAGUAAAAAAGAUAGAAGAGGGACAUUUGUAUUGCCAAAUCUGGAGAGUAGUACAAAUAUGACUGAUAAAUUGAAUCAAGAUGUUAGUCCUGAUGAUCCAAAUACAAAAUGUCCAAAAGAAACUGUUUAUCUUCCUGACAAAGUAGAAUCAGAAGACAAUGAAAUUACAAAACAAGAUAAAAACAGAAGAGGAACAUUUGUAGUACCUUCUGGUACUUUACAGAAACCCACCAAGUCAAAGGAUAGAAGAGAAACUUUUGUUGUGGCAGAAAAUACUCAAGAGGUUGUUACUUCAAAGUCACAGGAAAAUAUUUCAAUGAAAAAGGAAACUUUGCCCCCUAAAUCCUCAAAGUCUGACACUUCUGUUAACUCGAAUGAAGACAAAAGGAAGACAUUUUUAGUUCCAUCAUCUAAAGAUGCAUUUUUACUACCAGUUGCUAUGAGAAAACCAACAGCUGAUAGUCAUGGUGAUACAGAUGUCACAGAGUAUUUUAAUAGUGAUAUGGAUUUUACUGAAAUUAUUGAUAAUUCUAAAGGAAUUAUUCUCGAAACAUCUGAAACAAAAGCAGAUAAUCAGAAAAAGUCUAAAGGAAUUAUUCUCGAAACAUCUGAUACAAAAGCAGAUAAUCAGAAAAAGGUCAAAUCUACCAAAAAUUCUGAUAAAAAAGGCAAAUCUACUGCUCCAGUUGACAAAAUGGAUAAAAAUGAUAUCAAUAAAAAGGGAAAGAAUCCAGAGGUUGUCAAUGACAACUUGAAAGAUAAUAGUAAAAUAGAAGAUAAAAAGACUGAAGGACAUCAAUCAGCUGUUGAAUUCAGACUUCCAAAACCAGGAAAAAUUGUAUUUGCAGCGUCCAGAAAAAUGUUCGAUGGAACAAGAGAACGUGUACCAACCAAGCUACCACAAAGAUCACGUUCUAAAACUAAAAUCAAGCUUACUAAACAUGAAACUGAUGAUAGUAACGUUAAGUCCAUGUUUGAUUUCCAUGAGAGGACACCAACAGUCCUGAAACAUGCAUCUUCUGUAUAUGAUAUGUCUAUGGACGUGUCUGUUCAUGGAGAAAAGGAAUCAUAUGGUACAUUCAGGGACAAACUAAACAGUCAAACGACUGACAGCCAAAUGAAUGAUCAUAAAAUACAGUCCUUUCAUACAAAUGAUGCCAAAUUACAAUCUGACCAAACAGAUAAUCAGGAAUUAAAGUCUGACCAGAACAAAAAAUCAGCUGCAGGAGAAAAAAAGAUUAUUAGUAAAGAGUCAAAUGGAAAAGGUGAAAUUAUAUAUAAUCUGCCAUUAAAGGGUUGUUCUCCAGACAUCCCCAAGAAAACUUCAAGGUCAAGGUCUAAAAGUAAGGGCCGUGCACAAGAAAGGGAGAGAAGUGAGUCCAGAGGAAGGAGUAAAUCUCGUGGUAAGAGAAUCACAGUAAUGAAUCAAGAUGUGGACGAAGGACAGUCUGUUUCAAGCAAUGAAUCCCAGAAAAGUAAGUCGGAAGGAAAGGCAAGUGAAAAUGAAGAUAUUGAUGUUGAAAUCUCUGUAAAUCCGAAGUCACCUGUAGGAAGUUUAAAUGAAAAGAAAAAUGAUGAAGGCAGUAUUGAAGAUGAUCGUCCAAAUAAAUCAAGAAGUCGUUCUUGUGGUAGACCUAAGAAAUAUAAUGAUGGAAUAGUAGAAAAUAUUAAACAGGCCACAACACGAAGUAAAUCACGUGGCAGGAGUAAGGCAAGGAAGACAGAAAAUGAUGCAAAUAACAAAGAUCAUGUGAUAGAAAGUCAAACAAAGGAAGAAAAAAGAAGUAGAUCGAGAGGAAGAUCAAGGACACGGAAGCAUGAUGAGUUAAAGGAUCAGGAUUUAGGGGAACCAGAGUUCAUACCUUCUAAAACAAUAACACGAAGUAAAUCUAGAGGUAGAAUAAGGUCAGAAGCCUUGUCAGAAGUAAUUGGUAGUAGAGAAUCUGAUAGCGAAGAAACUGUAUCUCAGGAGCCAGAUAUACUGUCAAAUGCAGAUAUUCCAGACUCUAACAAAGUUUCAGCUAACUCUAAUGAACAGGAUGAAGAAAAGUUGAAAAAUUCAAGGUCAAAUAUUCAGAAAUCAAGGUCCUGUGGAUCAGAACUGAAAAAAAGCAAAGAAAGUGACAACGCAGGAUCAAACUAUCAAACAGGACGUUCAAAAUCAUUCAUAGCACCCAAAACUGAUCUAAGUGAUGAGGAUGACUUUCAAACUUCAAAAAUACUGAAGAAAAAAUCAAGGACAAAACCUAAAUCAAAUAAAGGGGAAGAUCAUCCUUUAGAUCAAUUAUUCAAAAAUGCAAGGAAAAAGAGUUUCCCUGAAAACAGCUUCUCUUGUGAAAAUACAGAAAACAAAAACAUUGUAGAAACUGUUCAUGCAAUUUGUGAAACUCCAUUGAAGCCUAGAGAUGAAAUAAUCAAAGACAAUAGUGAAAAUGAAGAAGAAAUCUUGGUAGAGGAAUCCCCUGUGAAAAUUGAUUUAAUGUGUGUUACAAAAAGGUCAAGAUCUAGAAGUCAUAAACUGGACAGAAAUCAAGACUUUGACACGAAAGAACAGGAGCAUGUUCCAGAUAAGUGCUUAGAACAGGAGCAUCUUCCAGAUAAGUGCUUAGAACAGGAGCAUGUUCCAGAUAAGUGCUUAGAACAGGAGCAUGUUCCAGAUAAGUGCUUAGAACAGGUGACAGGAACAGAAAUAUCGUCAAAAACUUUAAACAAAGAUAGCGAAUCAAAAAAAGAACACACUGCGUUUGAUAUUGUCCUAAAGGAAGGAAGAGGGAAACGACGCCAUGACUCUUCAUCAGAAGUAAGGUCAGAGAAAAAGAAAAAGGCAAAGAAAGAAGAUAAAGAGAAUUCUGGAACUGGUACAUCAAGUAGUUUGAGUUUAUUAAAAAAGAGACUGGCAUCACUUGGUCCUAAAAUGAAACAUGAAAGUAUGGAGUCACCAAUAAAAGGAGCUAAUAUUGACAAACUGGAGUCCAAAAAUGUUCCUAGUCCAGCUCUUGUUAUGAAGAAACCAGAGGAAAAUAUAAGUCCUAAUGUAUUAUUAAAUGAGUCUAAGGAAUUCAAGAACAAUAGAUCAUUAGAUGAAGAUGGUGUUACUACUCCUAAUGCAAAGAAUGUACUGGAAGAACCAAGGUCUAGAAGAAGAGCUGCUAAUGUUUGCUAUAAAGAAAAGCCUCUACAUGCGAAACUUAGACGAGAAGAUGUCUUGGCUGGCAAAAAAUUAAUUGGAUGAAAAAAGACCAUAUUAAAGACAGUAACCAACCAUGCUGGGAAUGACAGAUCUACCGAGGUUUCUGGAAAGUCUGAUGUGCUUUGUUACAUGUUGUUUAUAGCAGAAUAGACUAGAAAAUUUAAACUGAAGACCAAUUGAGUUCGAAGCUUUUAGCGCAUGUGCUCUUUUAAGCUUCAAGUAUAAAUCUGUUGAUAGUAUUGCUAAAGUGCAAUAUGAUAUUUUUAGAAAUUGCAAUUUUUUUAGCCCAAUAUAUGUUUUGUAUUUAUUUAUGGGAGAAGAAAAUAUGUUUGUUAAUUGAUGUAUUAUAUAAAUUUAAUAUGCUACUUCUGUACUUGUUAUAUUCAAAACUUAAUUAAGCAUUCAAAUACUUUCAAGCUAAGCUAGGUAGAAUAGCCAGGUAUAAAACUAACUGUCUUGUUAGGUUGUUGUCCUUUUUAGUUCUAUAAGGAUGAGUACAGUUAAUCUAUCUUCUUUCUUUUCUUCUUGACUUAUCUACCCUUUCCUUCUAUCUAUACUUGCCUAGAUUUGUACUACACAUAUUUAUCAAAAGAACAGGUGCCUGCAUAUAAUGUAGACAGUUCUAUGUUUUUUUAGAUUAGUAUUUUAGUAUUAUUUUGUUUUAACAUUUCAAAAUGCUUAUUGUUUGAUAGAAUUAUAAAUGUAUUAGAGAAUUGAGAACAUGAAACUUAUCCAAUCUAAUAAGUUUUUAUAAUACAUUCAAUAUAUAAAAAUUAAAUGUAAUAUAAAAUGAGAUGUGACUGUAUUGUGAAAAUAGUUAUUUCUUCUAUCUACCCUAUUUUAGUAUAAUUUUAAUUGUUGAAUGAUCAAGAUGUUUGAUUUUGUACUGGAAUAAUAUUAAAUAUCUUAUGUGUAAGUAAAAUUUUGUAUACAAAACUGAUCUUUUUUGUGUUUACAAGCCAUAAGUAUGUAUCCAUUAUAAAUGCUGUAUUGAAAUUCAAACCUUAUAUAAAUGUACAGAAUCCAUCAGGCAUCUCCAUGGUCUGUUUUAUAUUGGCAUACUGACAUUGUUUAAAUAGAUACAAUCCUGCCAUCUCAAAUAAGUUCAAAAAUAUGCGCCAUUGUUGUAAGUCUAGUCAAAAUUUAUUUGAGUUUUUCUGGUUGCUGUCAUUUUUGUUAGUAACUAUACUGAAUUGCUUUAAUAGCACAACCAUUCUUAUUACUGUUUUCAAGCCCUGAAUAAAAUCUGGCUCAUGGUUGUUAAUCACACCUCAAAGGAGAAAACAUUGAUCCAGUUCAGAUGACCUCAAAUAGUGUAAAAGUAUCAUUAGGACCAUAAGAGC